AUGCCAGAGCUGCUGGCCCUGGUCUUCAGCCACGUUGACCCUCUCACCCAGCCCUGCUGUCGCGCUGUGUGCCGCCGAUGGAACUCCAGCUACGCCCUCUCCCGCGUCAAGUUGGGUCCCGACUCUGACACCCCGCGGGAGCAGUCCCACGCCACCACAUUGACACCGGCUGGCCACCCUCUCGACCAGCGGUUCUGCGCGCAGUUGGCCGGCGAGGGCCGGCUCAGCGUGCUCGAGUGGGCCCGCGCCAACGGCGCGCCGUGGGACCCGACGACCUGUGCGGCGGCGGCCAGGCGCGGCGACCUCGCGUUGCUCCAGCACCUGCGGCGGCGCGCCACCAACGACAACGACCACGACCAGAAGGAGGAGGAGGCCUGUCCGUGGGACGCGUCGACCACGUCGGCCGCGGCCAGGGCGGGCCAUCUCGACGUGCUCGAGUGGGCACUGGCCCACGGGUGUCCCAUCGCCACGUCCACCAUCUGCAACAAGGCCGCGGCGGGCGGCCAACUGGCGAUGCUCCAGCACCUGCGCGUCCUCGAUUGCGCGUGGUCCGUGUCGACCUGCGCCCGAGCGGCGCAGGGCGGGCACCUCGAGGUCCUGCAGUGGACCCGCGCCGGCGGUUGUCCGUGGGACCCGACCACGUGUGCGUUGGCGGCCGAGGGCGGCCACCUCGAGACUCUCCGCUGGGCGCGCGACAACGGGUGUCUGUGGGACCGCCGCGUCUGCAUGUUGGCGGCCAAGGGCGGCCACCUCGAGGUGCUCCAGUGGGCGCGGGCCAACGGUGCGCCGUGGGACGAGUGGGUGCCGGCGCUGGCGGCCGGCGGGGGCCAUAUGGCAGUGCUCGAGUGGGCGCGGGCCAACGGCGCGCCGUGGGACGGGCGAACCUGUUUGACCGCGGCCCAGGGGGGCCACCUUGCGGUGCUCGAGUGGGCGCGGGCCAACGGCUGCCAGUGGGACGAGCGGACCUGCGCCGCCGCGGCUGAGGGCGGCCAGCUCGAGGCCCUCCAGUGGGCGACCGCCAACGGCUGCCCGUGGGGCAACCACACGUGGGCCAGCAUCGUGCUGCGCGGCGGCGCCGAUAUGCUGCGGUGGGCGCGCGAACACGGCGGCUGGCCGUGGGACGUCCGGGCAUCGCGCGCGGCGGCGAGUCGGGGCGAUCUGGGCCUGCUGCAGGCCGCCUGCACCGAGAACGGGCCGUGGGACGAAGAGACGUGUUCGGCGACGGCGACCGGAGGGCAUCUGGCGGUGGUCCAGUGGCUGCGGGCCAAGGGCUGCCCGUGGGACGCGCGGACGUGCACCUACGCCGCGCUGCACGGCCACCUGGAGGUCGUGAAGUGGGCUCGCGCCAACGGCUGUCCGUGGCAGGCCAGCACCAUCCGGAUGGCCAGACGGCGCAGGGCGGUGCUGCAGUGGGCCGCUGAGCACGGGUUAACUCUAGAUUGA